ACGAUCGUUGACCUGAGCGAGCAAAGAGGUAUAGUUUAAAACCAGACAGAAACUCCGAUCUAUAGCCAGUUGCUCUCUGGGGCGCACUAGGAGAGAGAAACUCCGAGCAUAACUUGGUGUAAAGUGUCACUUUUGUGUUGAUCAUUUGGCGAAGACAGGACCUCCAACACAAUGAAGACUCUCACGCUGUUCUUGCUGAUCCUUCCAGUGGUGUUUGGACAUGGGGGCAUACCUGAGCCUGAUGUGACCGUGCGUCUUGCUGGCAGUAACCAUUACAACGAGGGGCGUGUGGAGGUCUACUACCAAGGCCAAUGGGGCACCGUCUGUGAUGAUGAAUGGGAUAUCAGCGAUGCUGACGUCGUCUGUAGGCAACUCGGAUUUGCGAGGGCAACACGUGCCGUCAGUGAAGCCGGGUUCGGGGAAGGUACGGGACAGAUUCUGCUGGACGAUGUGGCCUGUUCAGGACGUGAAUCUAGACUGGAACUCUGUGCAAACAGAGGCUGGGGAGUGGAAAACUGUGACCAUAGUGAGGAUGCAGGAGUGGUUUGCCAUGGUUCUAUCACGGUGCGGCUUGUUGGUGGUGAGAAUGACAACGAAGGACGCGUGGAGGUGUACUACCAAGGCCAAUGGGGCACCGUCUGUGAUGAUGAAUGGGAUAUCAGCGAUGCUAACGUCGUCUGCAGGCAGCUUGGGUUCGCGGGUGCCGCACGAGCCGUCAGUGAAGCUGAGUUCGGGGAAGGUACAGGACAGAUUCUGCUGGACGAUGUGGCCUGUACAGGAGAUGAAUCUAGACUGGAAGACUGUCCGAACAGUGGCUGGGGAGUGGAAAACUGUUUUCAUUAUGAAGACGCAGGAGUGGUUUGCCUCAGUUUUGCAGAUGUGAAUAACGUACGACUAGUUGGCCCGGACCCCAAUGUGGGGCGAGUCGAGGUGUACCACAACGGCGUCUGGGGGACCGUUUGCGAUGACGACUGGGACAUUGACGAUGCCAGUGUGGUGUGUAGACAGCUGGGCUUCACUAACGGGGCUGCAAGAGCUGCAAGCGAUGCUCAGUUUGGUGAAGGCGCCGGCCCGAUCUUCCUGGAUGAUGUUGCUUGUGCUGGCACAGAGAGCAGACUUGCACAUUGCCCAAAUCCAGGAUGGGAAGUUGAGAAUUGUGGCCAUAGUGAAGAUGCUGGUGUAGUCUGUCUGCCAGAUGAAGAGCCUGGUGUGACCGUGCGUCUUGCUGGCAGUAACCAUUACAACGAAGGGCGUGUGGAGGUUUACUACCAAGGUGAAUGGGGCACUGUCUGUGAUGAUGAAUGGGAUAUCAGCGAUGCUAACGUCGUCUGCAGGCAGCUCGGAUUUGCAGGUGCCACGCAAGCUGUCAGUGAAGCCAGGUUCGGGGAAGGUACAGGGCGGAUUCUGCUGGACGAUGUGGCCUGUACAGGACGUGAAUCUAGACUGGAAGUCUGUAUAAACAGAGGUUGGGGAGAGGAAAACUGUGACCAUAGUGAGGAUGCAGGAGUGGUUUGUCAUUCUGGUACGUACAUGUGAAAAGGGGCCUCUCCGUGUUGAAUGCAUUGUAUUUUCCGAUCUAACCUUCUUGGAGGCAAUCCUCCAAGUGCUUUUGCUCAUGUUCUGACCAACCGACCUUUUUACAUUCUGCUUAUUUUGAGCACACAAAGAUCUGUCCGUUACAAAGUUCGGAUAGUAUGACCCCCUGACUUCGUAUAUAAGUACACAGAAAUUUACUACACUCUAUGAAAUGAACAGUUUGCCCUGGUAAAAAAAAAUAAGCAGUAAUAACAUUUAUUAUCAAACAAUCUGGGCCCAACGUACUCAACAUGCAAUAUUAAGGGAAUAAAUAUGUACUUGACGUGUCUUAAACGUGCGUUUAAGAUCGACUUAGGAGAAUAGAUGCAACUAAUACCCGAUCUGAAGGCGAUCCCACUUCGAAUAUCUUGAUAAUUUCUUCAUAUAUUUCUUCAAUAUUUCUUCACAUUUGAAUUAAAAACUUUCAUUUAGGACAGCUCCGGUGUAUUCUGCUAUUAGGAAUGAAAAGUUAUUGAUGUCAUAAUAUGAUGUAGCCUUCUGGUUUUGUUUUAUUUAUUGAUUGUUGCCCUGCAUUAUUUAUUGAUUGUUUAGGGAUCUUAUUUACCGUAAACAAGAUUUCAACAAGUUCUGUUUUAAAGUUCUGACAUUUAAAUUUUGAGGUGCAUGAGUUUUGUUCUUACGCUAACGACGGUUACUAACUAUGGCUUGCUACAAGUUGUUUCACUUUCAAGCUGUAAUUAACAAUGGAGGACAAUAAGGUGUAUAUGUAACGGAAAACACCGCUAACCGAAAAUAACCAUGAUUUUGUCAUUGUCUAAUUUCAGAAAUUAAUUCAAGGGCCUUAUUUUCCAGACUGGAUAAUUAUAAAAGUCGCCAUUUGUCUAAAAACCAUCGUUAAGGGGAGCCAGUGAGUAUUGGCCAACAAUGUUUUUUUUUCUUCUUGUUGAAAUCAUUGUUUUGCUUGACGAAUUCCUCAGAUUGGAUCUUCUUAGGUUUAUAUAAUUGUUUUCGAAUUGGUUUUCCAUUUGGGUUAUAGUCUGUGUUUUAAUGAUGGCUAUUUUAGUUUCGAAAUAAAGUAGCUGAGGCAAUUUGAAAUUUA